AUUUGACAUUUCCGCGUACAAGUGAUUAUAAAGUAUGGAGGAUGUAUAGUGAACUAGAAAUACGUCUAUUUUUAUCAAAUCCGUCGUAAUUAAAUUAAUUGAAACUUUGCUGCACAUUUCUUCUUCGAUUAGUUUGAAUAACCAGUUUUUAUAUCAGCAUCAUGAUGUAGAAUUACGUGAAACACCAAUAAAAUGGUGAUAGAAAUCCAUAAGUGAACUCAUUGUUACAAAUCCAAACGUUUUAUUUAUUUUUGUGAAGAUUUGGCUGGAAUAUACUGUGAAAAUGGAAGUUGUAGGCGAUUAUGAAUACAGCAGUAAAGACCUUAUAGGUCAUGGAGCCUUCGCUGUAGUUUUUAAGGGCCGUCUUCGAGAGAAUACGUCUUGUACCGUUGCCAUUAAAAGUAUAACAAAGAAAAGUUUGGCCAAAUCGCAAAAUUUGCUAGGAAAGGAGAUCAAAAUUUUAAAGGAGCUAACAGAAUUGCACCAUGAAAAUGUUGUGGCUCUACUAGACUGCAAAGAAUCUGCAAACAAUGUCUACUUAGUUAUGGAGUACUGCAAUGGCGGUGACUUAGCUGAUUACCUGCAUGCUAAAGGAACACUUAGUGAAGAUACCAUUCGACUUUUCUUAAUACAAUUAGCCGGUGCCAUGAAAGCUCUGUAUGCAAAGGGUAUUGUCCAUAGGGAUUUAAAACCGCAAAAUAUUCUACUUUCUCACAGCGGAACCAAAGCACAUCCUCAACCAUCUGAAAUAAAACUAAAAAUAGCUGAUUUUGGCUUUGCCAGAUUUUUACAAGAUGGUGUUAUGGCAGCUACACUUUGUGGAAGUCCGAUGUAUAUGGCACCAGAAGUCAUCAUGUCGCUCCAGUACGACGCCAAAGCAGACCUAUGGAGCUUGGGUACCAUAGUUUUCCAAUGUCUAACAGGAAAGGCUCCUUUUCAGGCUACCACGCCUCAGGCGCUGAAACAAUAUUACGAAAAAAAUGCUAACCUUUCACCAAAGAUUCCUUUUGGAACUAGUCCAGAACUGAGUGAGUUACUUAUGGGUCUUCUAAAACGAAACGCUAGGGACAGAAUGAAUUUCGAAACGUUCUUUAAUCAUAAAUUUCUCAAAAGGCCCGAACCACCGCAGUCGCAAAGUCCUCUACAAGGAGAUUUGCCUCUGCCCAUUUAUGGUUCGCCGCCAAUCAGCGCUGUUAAAAUACCUCUGAGGCCGUCUACACCUCUUAAAGUCGCAACUCCUCCGUUAUCUCAACCAGAAUCACCUCGAUCUACAAGAAACGCACUCAGUUCAAGUCCUGAAGAUGAUUAUGUUAUAGUGCCCCAAAAUAUUCAAAUCCAAUCGGACCAAUCGACUGAGAGUAGCGUCGAGAAGGAACAAAUCACAUUCAAACUGCCGAUUAGAUCUCCACCACUACCCCGUGAACCAUUGGCUAGUCCUACGAGGCCGAGUUUCUUGCCUAUUUCUGAUCCUAUACCUGUACCGACACAACGAGAGGCUUUCCAAAAAAUGUACAACCAAUCUGACAAGAAGGACGAACCGGCGUCGCCAACACAGAUUAAUGGUGGUGGUAGUGUACCUAGAUCCCAGCCAAUAACGAUGAAGAAAAGGCCAGAAAGACAAACAUCCGACAUUGACAUUAGCUCUAUGUCACCUCCAUCAGUACAAUUCGUGAUUGGUACUCCUCCAGGUGGUAGAAGGCGGUCUACUUCAGGUAGUCUUUGCGAGACACCACCUCCACCAAAUAUAUGGACCGUAUCGCCCAUAUCUGCUUCUAAAAACAUGCCCAUGAAUUCUCCUUUAAGGCGAUCAGGUACUUCACCUCCAAUCUUGAGCGGUCCUUUGGCUAGACUUCCGAUGUUGAGCAGUCCGAAUCUCAGCGACAACAACAAUCUCGGUAGAUCACCGGUGAUACCGUUCUGCACCAGAGCUGUCACGUUACCGGAAAUAUCCGAAAUGGGCAAUUAUCAACCGUUCUUCAACGAGACUUCGACGAGCAACGAGCUGCAUCCAAUCACCUUUUUGGCGCCGGAAUUACCGGAAGAAACGCUUUUGGAGAGAGAACACAAUGAAACUCUGGCCAAAAUUAACUUCGUUUUGGCACUGAGUAACUGCAUUUUGGAGCUAGCCGCUCAAAGAGCUGCUCCAUUAUCGUCGGCGCUCGUGGAUCCCUGUCAGAAGCAGCCGCCUAGCGAAAUGACGCGAAGAGCCGAACAACUAGUUUUACUCGUUAGGACGUUACAAUUGCUCAGUUCGGGACUGGCAUUGGCCACAAAGCAGCUAAAAUCGGGGCAGUUGAGACCCAGCAGUACCGUCAAAACUGUUGUAUCUUCGAUGAAUACUAAAUUUAGAACAACCCUGCAGGAAUGCAAACAGCUCAAUAGCAGCGGAUUAUUGAACAAAGUUGGAAGUUUGUCGAUAACAGCAGAUAAAAUUAUUUACAAUCAUGCCAUACAAAUGUGUCAGUCUGCAGCUCUGGACGAACUGUUUGGGAACCCCGAAGAAUGUUUCCAGAGGUAUCAAACCGCGCAAAUUCUGUUACACAGCCUUUCACAGCAGGUGCAAAACCAGAAAGACAAAAUGCUCCUCACGAAAUAUAGAGAAGCCGUUGAAAAACGUCUAUUCGUGCUUCAACAACAAGGCUACAUUUACGCAACCGAUCUAGGUUAAUAUUACAAAAAUGAAAAAUUUUAUGAAUAUACAUUAACAUUCUUAUUUCUGCUUAUUAUAAUCAAACUAGUUAAACAUUUUAUUAAAUUUCUUUUAAAAAGUCUAUUUCAUUAAGUUUGACAGAUUUACCUGUGGCAAUUAUUUAUUUUACAAGAACUUGAAUGUUUUUUUUUAUUUUAAUUUUAAUGGAAAAGUAUUGUCAAAUUUAAUGCAAUAUAGACUUAUUUUUCUCUAAUAUUUAAGAUAACGUAUACAUAUUAUAUAGAUUUUAGUAAAAAAAAUAUGACGCAAAUAACUAGUUAAUUGGAAUGCUGGUUUAUGGAACAAACAUGUACAGAGGACACAUAUUAUGACGUAUAAUUUUUAAAAUAAUUCUUUAAUUGAAUCCUAUCGGCAACAAAGUAAUAUAAGUUAUUGAAAUUAUAUUAUAAUUAUCGAUUGGUGAAAAAUAACAAUAAUACAAGAAGACAUUUUAUUAAUUAUAAUGACAGUUAACCUCUUGUUUCAGAUUUGACUAGCUAGUUUUAUAAAGAUUAUUACAUAAUCAAAAGAUAAUUCUUAUGACAUGACAACUGACAGAUGACAUAACUCGUUUUCAUUUGAAAUCAAACCACUUGCUGCAUGAGCUUCAAUUUCAAUCUAAGAAAGAAGUGUUUGUCAUUUCUGAAUGUGCAUACAAGCAUACAAUAAGUGGAUCUAUUACCGAUCCUUGUGGUAGGCCAAUUGUUGUUUUGCAAUAUAUUUCUGAAAAUUUACAUGAUAGAUGUCUUUAUUAGAUAAUGGAAACACGUUUGCUGAUAACAAUAAUUCUGUUAUUACAGAUGAGUUUCAAAUGAAAACAGUUCAUAAAUAAAAAUUAAAACAUAUCGUUGGUGACUGGACAGAGAUCCUAUUAUAAACAUUUUCUUGUGUUAUUGUCCACGAAUUUUUUACCAUGCUGUGUAACUUUGUAAAAUAAUUUACAAUAUUUUUAUUGUAAUUAUUGUAAAUAGGUUGUAAAUGUUUGGUAUCAAAAUCUCGACCAGUUGCUGAUAAAAAUCGAAAGUUUAAAAGUUUUUUUUUUUAAUAUAGUGCAAUAAGAGAAUCUUAGAUAUAAGUAUAAAUAUUUUAUUUGUGACGAUUUAAAAUAGUGAGAAAUAGUUAAAUAAGGUGAUUUUUUUUUAUUUUAAGUUUGUAAUGACAUUGGCAGCUGGUCUCUUUGAAUUUUGUUUUGUGGAGUGAUUAUUGAUUUGACAUUCGUAUAGCGAUUUUAUGUAUGUCGUAAUGUGAACACCAAACAAGGUUAAAACCACUAUUUUAAUUGUUUACAACAUCGUGCGGUAAUAGGUUAUUACCGCAUGCAAAAUUUAACAGUUUUUAGUGAUAUUUUCGCGACUUGGGAUGCCUAAUUUCCUUUUGGUGUUCACAUUCAUGUUGGGACAUAUUGAACAAUUUACCUUCGAUUUUUUGUUCCGUGUAGUGGUUGUUAGUGUUGUAUUCGGUGUAAAACAGUGAUAUUAAGAAUAUUUGUAAUCUUAUUAAUUUACCAUGAAAAUUCAUUUAUUUAGUAUUAUUUAUUAAAUAUUAAUAUCAUA